UGCUCAUGGACUCGUUAUUGGCAAUUUUCAAAACUCUUGAAUAGGCUUUUCGGCCAGAAACGCCAUCUUCCAGUAAUUCACCAAAAUGACUAACACAAAGAGAAAGAGGAGAGGUACCUGUUACAUGUUCUCUAAGCCUUUUAGAAAACAUGGAGUUGUUCCUUUGGCUACAUACAUGUGGAUCUACAAGAAAGGUGAUGUUGUUGAUAUGAAGGGAAUGGGCACUGUUCAGAAUGGAAUGCCCCACAGAUGUUAUCAUGGCAAAACCGGAAGAGUCUACAGUGUCACCAAGCAUGCAGUGGGCAUUGUUGUAAACAAACAAGUUAAAGGAAAGAUUCUUGCCAAGAGGAUUAAUGUACAAAUUGAACAUAUUAAGCACUCGAAGAGUCACGAUAGCUUCCUGAAAUGUAUGAAGGAAAACGAUCAGAAAAAGCAGGAAGCCAAAGAGAAAGGUACCUGGCUUCAACUGAAGCAUCAGCCUGCUCCACCCAGAGAAGCACACUUUGUAAGAACCAAUGGAAAGAAGCCUGAGCUGUUGGAACCCAUUUUCUAUGAAUUCAUGCCAUGA